UAUCCUUUUUAUCUUCAAAGGGAGAUAAAGUUAGCAGUCAUGGAUCUGCUAUUGAUUAUAACCUUAGUGUGUGCAGGCACUCUCACCUUCUUGAUCCUUAGAUUAUUAUUCAAUCAAACCCACCGCACCAUCAAGCUUCCACCAGGGCCAAGUUUCUUUCAGAUCAUAAGAAACAUAUUUGAACUUGGUAGGAAUCCACACAUAGCAUUUACAAAACUCUCCAAAAUUUAUGGACCCAUCAUGACAUUGAAACUAGGCAACAUAACCACUAUAGUUAUCUCUUCUCCACAAUUAGCCAAACAAGUGUUGCUAGAGAAUAGCCAAGCAUUUUCUAGCAGGACAAUUCCACAUGUUAUGCGUGUAUUUGACCACCACAGAAGCUCAAUCACGUUUCUUCCCCCAUCAGAGCAGUGGAGGAACUAUAGGAGAGUUUGUGCCACAAAAGUGUUCUCCCCACAAAAGCUUGACUCCACAAAAAUUAUUCGUCAACAAAAGCUGAAAGAGUUGUUGGGUUUUGUAAAGGACAAAAGCAUAAAAGGUGAGGCUCUAGAUCUUGGUAAGGCUGUUUUUACAACUGUGCUUAAUUCAAUUUCAAACACAUUAUUCUCUAAGGAUUUAUCUGACUCUACAUCUGAUGAGAAGUCUCAAGAGUUUAAGAACAUUGUUGAGGGUGCCAUGGAAGAUGCUGGAAAGCCUAACAUUGUGGACUUUUUUCCCAUUCUUGGUCCACUUGACCCUCAAGGCCUUCAAGCUAGGAUGUCCAUUUAUCUCACAAAGUUGAUUAAAAUUAUUGAUGGAAUUAUUGAGGAAAGAAUGUGUUCCAGAGUUUCAAAAAUUGAUUCUGGAUCUGAGGUGGCCAAUGAUGUGUUAGAUUCAAUUCUUUGCAAUGUUGAAGCCACUCAGCUGAGCCGCAAUGAGAUGACACAUGUGUUUCUGGAUUUAUUUAUUGCUGGAAUCGACACAACAGUUGUCACUGUGGAAUGGGCAAUGGCACAACUAUUGCGUAACCCAGAUAAAUUAAAAAAAACAAGAGAAGAGUUAUGUCAAGCAAUUGGUGAGGAUGAAACACUUGAAGAAUCACACGUCUCAAAAUUGCCUUACUUGCAAGCAGUGGUAAAAGAAAUUUUUCGCUUGCAUCCAGCAAUUCCAUUUCUUGUACCACGCAAAUGUGAUGAAGAUGUAACGAUAUCUGGCUUCCAAGUGCCAAAAGAUGCACAAGUCAUAGUCAAUUUAUGGGCCAUAGGACGAGAUCCAACCAUUUGGGAAAAUCCAGAUAUGUUCUUGCCUGAAAGAUUUUUGGACUGUGAGGUUAAUUUUAAAGGUCACAAUUUUGAGCUUAUACCUUUUGGGGCUGGAAAAAGAAUAUGUGUUGGAAUGCCAUUAGCUGAUAGGGCAGUGCAUUUAAUGCUGGCCUCCCUUCUGCACAACUUUGAAUGGAAGCUAGCUGAUGGCCUAACACCAGAUCACAUGAAUAUGAAGGAACAAUUUGGGUUAUCCUUAAAGAGGGUCCAACCUCUUCGAGUUCAAGCUAUUUCACUCAAGACUUAAUUAUAUUUAGGAGUAAUGUUGUUGCAUUUACAUGGAUAUGUAUUUUAUAUAGAUAGAUGUGUGUAAGAGGGGAGGGGUGAACAAGUUGCAUGUGUAUUCCUAUUUGUUAAUAAAGUAUGGGAUCAUAUUUAUCUACUA